AUGGAGAUUGAAGUGAAGCUCCGUUUAACAAACAAAGCUUCCCACCAGAAGCUUCUUCAAUUGCUCUCUCCAUUUUACAUAACUACACACCGCCAGCACAAUACUUUCUUCGAUGGAACGGGUUCCCAGCUGAGCUCGCGCCGAGCUGUGUUGCGCCUCCGGUUCCAUGAGCAAACUGACAUCCCCAAAUGCUUUGUUUGCCUAAAAGCCAAAGCCGUGAUUACCAACGGGGUGAGCCGCGUCGAGGAGGAUGAGGAGGAGGUGGACCCGUCUAUUGGGUAUGCCUGUUUGGAAGAUCCGAGGAAGCUGAUGGACGUCGAUUCAAGGGUUUUGAGGAGGGUUAAAGAGGAAUUUGGAGUGAACGGUUUUAAGGGGUUGGGUGGCUUCAGGACCGUGAGAAGUGUGUAUGAGUGGAAUGGGGUGAAAUUGGAGGUAGAUGAGGUUAAGUAUGAAUUCGGGGAUUUAAUCUCUCAUGUCAAAGUUUGCAAUUUUCCUUGCCGGAAAGUUGCCUUCUUAGUUAUCUGGCUGGAUGAUUUUUCAGAAGCUGGUGGAAGAGGAUUAAUAAACCAAGGGUCUUUCCUUACAGACAAGUUCUCUAAAACCUAUAUGGACUUGAAGUCCAAUAACAACUUGGUGUUUUCUGGUUAUUUUGUUUGGCCUUUUCGUCCGAUGAACUGCUGA